AGCAGAGUGUGGAAUUGAGCACGUCCAAGGUCGACAGCGAAGCGCCUCUUCUGCCUCGCUCCCUGCUCCCUUGCCAGUGUAUCACUGUGAGCCCCUGGCGGCGCGAUAUACUUUUUCCAUCAUUGAGAUUGGUUAUUGUUUUCCCUUGCAGCGCAGGUAGCCUUCCAUUUGUUGUUGCUGCUACGAGUGCAUAUCUGUUUUGACUCUUUUUACGUUGGUGUGGCAAUGGACUCGACCCACGAUUCACUCGCCCAUGUCAAAGCCAGGAAGCGUCCUCGGUCGCGAGGCUCGACAGCAUCGAUACACAGUGCCACGACACAAGCCAACAUCGAGCACAGCUUCGCGGAAUCUGCAGAGGUUUACUCUGCGCCAUGGCUCUCGAAUGACACCAGCCACCCUCGCGAACUUCCCAAUGGGUCGAGCCAGAUGACCCCCGAGGACCUGCUACUAGCGUCCCAGCUCCAGCAAAGCCGCGAGUACACAAUCGAUGCGCCAGUGAAUGGGCCCAUGCAGAGCGUCUCGUUCCACCAUCACAGCCACAGCAUGAGCCGGCAAUCCCUAUCAGCUGACUCAUUCGCUGGGAACACGAGUUUCGCAGACGAUAGCCAGAUGCUAGAUCGCGAUGGGAAUGACGAUGGCGACUCCUUUCACGGGUUACCAAGACCGGUUAAGGCAGGUUCACGGUCAAACGCCAAUAAUGAGAUGGAGAUGCGGCAGCUUUUCCACGCCAACAAGCACCGAACUCUCCAGGAUGUUGCCCAGGAAUUGAUCGGCAACGAGCGCGGUCCAAACUCGGAGCGGGCACGUCAAGUGUUCGCGAUGCUCUGGAUAAGUCAAACAUGCUCUGCUGGCAAGGGGUCGGUACCGAGGGGACGGGUGUAUGCCAACUACGCGUCGAAAUGUGCUACCGAGAGAAUCACCGUCUUGAAUCCGGCCAGCUUCGGCAAGCUGGUCCGGGUGCUUUUUCCGGGUCUAAAGACACGACGGCUGGGUGUUCGUGGUGAAUCGAAAUAUCAUUACGUUAAUUUCCAGCUGAAAGAAGAGCAACCCGACUUUCGAGACAGCACCUCCCAACCUACGGUGCCCCUCGGGGAAAGUCCAUCUCUGACCCAGACUUUUAAUGCCCUUCCAAACCACUCCGGAACCAUGGGUCCUGAAAAAUCACCGCUUUCCGCCACCCCGCUUGCACAGGAAUCUGUGUCCAAACCCAUGCGAUCACACGAAUUUCGACACAGCCUUUACAACUUGCCGCAUCUCACCAACUAUGAACAGUUGCAGCAGGCGAGCAAGACGCCCCAGAAACUUCAUUUCUCGACGGAAUCCGGCGAAUCUUUCAAGCAGUCUGACCCAGUCAUCCUUCCUGCUAUCGAACCCUACCUUCCCAGAGGCACGGAUCCGGAUGCGGCGAAGUCGCUCAUGGCGCUCUAUCGGUCCUACUGUACAUCUUUGGUCGAGUGCAUACGGUACUGCAAGGAGAAAACCUUUUUCCACCUUUUCACUUCGUUCCAAGGCACUCUUACGAUGCCAGUCCAGAAGCUGUUUGCGAAUCCGGCCAUCGCUCCGUGGAUCGAGGAAUGCGAUUUCAUUCUGUACCAACGGAUGAUGCGCAUCGUCUCCAGCUUGACACUCCAGGUCGUGCCCAAGCCCGUCCUCGACACGUUGCGCAGCAUCUCUGACCGCCUCGUUCCACACAUUCGGGACUCUUUCCACGGACAGCCCCAGCAUGUGGUGAGGGCCAAGGAGGCACCGGCAACCAUUUUUGCCGCGUUGCUGGACCGGGCGUUGCGUGUGAACCUCACAGCCCACGCCGCGGCCAACAUGUUGGCAAACCCCGCGAACCGCGACUUGAUGUACAUGGAGUGGAUGAACAUGGUCAGCGUACGGAAACUCGCCGAGAGCAUACCGUCUCGCGCCAUGGACGAUGUCGUCAACCUGCUGCUUCACGAGAUGCGAGAUCUCAUCGAUCCCGUCAACGUUCCAUGGGGUCUUGAGUGUUUGACAGUGCAUGGUGAGGUGGUCAUACGCAGUGGCCGGCAACCGCGUGAGGGAGACGGCGACGACUCAGAUUCCUCCAAUGUGUUGGAUCGUUGGGUUAACUUCCUGCGUUCUCUUCCCAGCCGGUUCCCCUAUGCGUCGGCGACAGAUCUGGUGUGGUGUGUUCAGAGGUUGGGCACGGUUCUCGUCAGGGACAUCACGAUCUCCGGGGGUAAGAGCUUCGGGUCAUGGUGGGUAACAAAAUGUUGGAUCGACGAGAUGAUCCAGUUCAUGGCGGAGCAGGGCGGCUUCAUGCAACAGAGGUCUAGCCAGAGUCCGCUUCCCGCGCCGAAGCGGCAGGCAACGGAGCGCCAGAUAAGCCACCAUGAGUCUCGGUAUAGCAGCGCGAGCGAGGAUUUGGACAUCUCCCACAUGACGGAACCACAGCCAGAUCGAGCGCCAUUCCCCUCUGCUCCGGCAGGGAACAAUCAGCAGACGAGCCACGACGAUAGUGGAAUCGGGAUUCGAACGCCGGAUGAGGAAUCGCCGGUCGAAAAAUACAGUCUCACUCCAGGCUUGUUUACCAGCGCAGAACUGCAAGACCACCUUGGAGAGAUAUAAGUUGCCAUGCCAACGCCAACCAUUUCGUCGAGGAGGUUUUCAAUCUUGUUUUAUUACGGAAUAGGAGUUUGGGUGUCACCACUUGGGGAUGUUCUUUGGUCGCUCAUGUCACGAUGAACGAUAGGAUGAUGGGAUGACUCGGACGACAAAGUGAACGGGUACCAGGGCAUUUGCUUUGAGGAUAGUCUGGCUUGGCACAGGAAUCGUUGAUUUAUGCACUCCCGUUGUCGAUGAUUUUUCAGGAAAGGGGAGGUAUUAGUUUUCUGGCUUUGGCUGUGAGCAAACGGGCUGGAUGUUCGGCGUAAAGGGAACUGUAUCUUGGUUACAGCGGAGUUUUUCAACGGAGCUAUAAUGUCGAUAACAUCUCGGGCUCAUAUUUGUUUUCAAUCCAAGUAUAAGGAAUGGACAACAUCACCU